AUGAGUACACAUAUGAAACUUGGUUUGAGUAGAUCAUUAAAGGAUACAUCACCACCUCAAAAAGAAAGUCUAUCUAUUCAAUAAGUGUUGGAAAUGUUUCAUUCUCCUUAUACUGAAUAAUUGACAGAUCGAAAGAGUGAAGCAAUAGUAAGAUUUUGUAGACAAAGAUCAGGAGGAUUCUUGUUAGAGGAAAUUCAAGAAUUGAUAGAGAUUUUAAGAUUAUCUAUUGCAGAAAACAAUGCAUUGAUGUAACCAGCCAUAUAAAAAAUUUGCGAAACUGCUUCUGUUCCAUUCAUUAAAUUAAGGACAUCAGAUUAAUUGAAAUUUGUUCCAAAAUUAAGUGAAUUCUUAGAUACUUUGAAACCUGUACUUUAUAGUCCAUAACAGGAAUCAGGUAGUUAAUAGCCUGAAUUACGAAUGCCAGUUAUUAAGUUUUUGAAAUGUUUUGCAGAAGAAGGAAUUAGUGAAAUAAUGAAAGAAGAAGCAUCAUUUGAACAAUAAAAGAAAUAAACAGAAUUAUCACCCUUGUAACAUCUCUUGAAGAAUGGAACAAGAGUAUUUAUAUAUUUGUAAUUUAUUAGAAUCUAAGAGCAUUAAAUCAAUCCAAUUUAAUUGAAAAUAUCAUCUUUACUAUGCAACAUUAUUCAAAAUAGUAUGAAUAUUUAUUACCUUUGCUUGAAUUGAUUUCUAGUUGUAUUCUCUAUAGAGAUUUAGCAGCUAAAUUUUCAAAUUUUGGUAUUCUUAAGGAUAUUGUGUAUGUGAUAUUUGAAUGUGAAGAUUUCAGAUCUUAUAUAGUGAAAUCAUGCUUUGAGAUUAUAUGGAAUACAAUUGAAGUAAUAUGAAUUUAUUAAAUGAAUAGGCAGUUGGAGUAGCAUCCAUUAAAUUAUUUGCAGUUGAAGACAUCAUUUCAGGAUUGAAGAAACUAUUUGAAAAUAUAAUGAAAUAAGGAUAUAAAUUAGAAGAUAAAUGUUUAAGAAAUGAAAUCUUAAUAUUAUUAAAUUAUUUAAUGAGAGAUGAGAAAGUAAAAUAUGACAAUUCUAUUAUUUUAGGCAUUAUAAUAUUUUGUUGAUAAACCUUAAGCACAUACAAUUUAAUCAUAGACCAAUUUCUUAGAAGUCUUAUUAUUUUAUGCUACAAUUGAUGAAGUUACAUUUUAUAAUGAACCAAUCAGAACUAAUUAAUUGAAAGCAUUCUUUGGUACUACUAGUGAAGAUUUAGAAUUUAAGAAAUUAAUUUGGAGUGGAAUUCUGACUGCUGUUUAAUCAGGAAAUUAAGCUGUUUUAGAAGCUGUUAAAGAGUCUCCUUUCAUUAUUACUUUAUUAUUAUAUAUAGAUCCACUUGCAAAUAGUUAUGCUGUUAAUAGAUGGUCACCUCCAUAGAAAAAAGAAAUAUAAUUACAUUGUUUAGGAAUAUUGGGAAAUGCAAUUGUUUAUUUAAAAGAUGAGUAAUAAAUGAAAAUAUUUUUCAACUAGUUUUUAUGAAAAGAAUGGUCUAUUUUGUUUAACCAAGUUUCUCACUAACACAUAAGAAUUGGAUCAUAAAGAAAGAUGUUUAAAGGCAUUCAAUAAUGCAUCAGAAUUUGAAUAGAAUUAUAAAAUCAAAAUUUGUGAUGAAGGUGUAAUGGAUAAUCUUAUUGAAUUUUUGUAAAAUGAAAAUGAUAAUGAUAAUCCAUUAAAAAUUAAAGAAUUAUGUUUCUCUAUUAUCUCCAAUUUAUGUAAAGAAUGCAAUAAAAAUAAAAAAUUAUUUAGAUAAAAAGGUGCUGUUGAAUUAAUGGUUAAUGCAUUAAAGAAUCCUAAUUUAGGUACAAGUGCAAGAUAUGCUCUCUAUGCAGUAAGUGUUCUUGAUUGCUUAUGGAACACUAUUUUAGGCAAUAGAAAAUCUGAAGCUAUCUUUUUAGAUUCGGAAGGACUCUAUGUAUUAUUGGAAUUCUUGGAAACUUGUGAUGAUAUGCAUAAAAAACUUACUCUAUCUUGUUUAAGUUAUUUGAUGGAAAAUCCUAAAGCUAUUCCAUACUUUUGUGAUUGGAAUUCUCCAAAAACAAUGAUUAAUAGUACAUAAUUACUUGUCAAGAUUUAUGUUGGUGAAGAUCAAAGAUAUGGAGUUAAAUAUUCAGAUGGAAUUGUUACUAAUAAACUUAGACCAUUAAAUCCAUAAAAUGAUCCAAGUCUUAGAAUAUCUAAUUAACAUGGAGAUUAGAAAUCAAAACAUAUGAAAUCUCUUAGAACUUAAUAGGAAGAUUUAGAAUCAGAUGUUGGUAGUGAAGCAUAUUUAGUGAGAAGAAUAACUGAAAAAUCAGCUGAAUAUGAUUUAAGAGCAAUAGUAUUUGCUAUCUUAUAUAGAACAGGAUUUGAUAAGAAUGAAUUGUUACCUAAUGAGAAAUAGAUGGUAGAAGUUAUAUAAUUAUAUCCUCAUUUUAAAAUAGGAGAAAUAUGGAGAGAAAUCAAAUAUGAUUUAGAAUAAGAUAAAAUUAAACCUACUUCAGAUGAUUAUCAUUGGUUAAUGACAUCAAUUGAAGAAUCUGAAGAACUUGUAAUGAAUUGCAUGAAUACUUAAGGACUAGUAUAAUUAUUGAUUAAUAAUUUAGAUUGCAAGAGAGUUUAGAAAAGUUUAAGAGGAAGAACUAACCAAAUUUUACGAUAUUAUAAGAAGUAACAAGUUAACUAAAUGA